CGGUGCGUGAGUGCGCAGGCGUGCCUGCCUUGGCUAGCCAGGCCUGAGGGCUGUCUCCGACGGGUGUUCGCAGGGGUUCAGGAGCCAGGGUCUACAGACCUGGGCCCUGCCAGCGCCAUGGGCAGCGGCUGCCGCAUCGAAUGCAUAUUCUUCAGCGAGUUCCACCCCACGCUGGGACCCAAGAUCACCUAUCAGGUCCCUGAAGACUUCAUCUCCCGAGAGCUGUUUGACACAGUCCAGGUGUACAUCAUCACCAAGCCAGAGCUGCAGAACAAGCUUAUCACUGUCACAGCCAUGGAGAAGAAACUGAUCGGCUGCCCUGUGUGCAUUGAACACAAGAAGUACAGCCGCAAUGCCCUGCUUUUCAACCUAGGCUUCGUGUGUGAUGCCCAGGCCAAGACCUGUGCCCUCGAGCCCAUUGUCAAAAAGCUGGCUGGCUACCUGACCACACUGGAGCUAGAGAGCAGCUUCGUGUCAACAGAGGAGAGCAAGCAGAAGUUGGUGCCCAUCAUGACCAUCUUGCUGGAGGAGCUAAAUGCCUCAGGCCGGUGCACUCUGCCCAUCGAUGAGUCCAACACCAUCCACUUGAAGGUGAUUGAGCAGCGACCUGACCCUCCUGUGGCCCAGGAGUAUGAUGUGCCUGUCUUUACCAAGGACAAGGAGGAUUUCUUCAACUCACAGUGGGACCUUACCACACAACAGAUCCUGCCCUAUAUUGAUGGCUUCCGCCAUGUCCAGAAGAUCUCAGCCGAGGCAGAUGUGGAGCUCAACCUGGUGCGCAUCGCCAUCCAGAACUUGCUGUAUUAUGGCGUCGUGACACUGGUGUCCAUCCUCCAGUAUUCCAAUGUAUACUGCCCGACACCCAAGGUCCAGGACCUCGUAGAUGACAAGUCCCUGCAAGAGGCCUGUUUAUCCUAUGUGACCAAACAAGGGCACAAGAGGGCCAGUCUCCGGGAUGUGUUCCAGCUGUACUGCAGCCUGAGCCCUGGCACAACUGUGAGAGACCUCAUUGGCCGCCACCCCCAGCAGCUGCAGCGCGUUGAUGAACGGUCAGAAGAGGAUCCCCAGGGGCACGAGGGGAAGCUGAUCCAGUUCGGGCUGAUGAAGAACCUCAUCCGCCGACUACAGAAGUACCCCGUGCGGGUGUCUCGGGAGGAGCGGAGCCACCCUGCCCGGCUUUACACAGGCUGCCACAGCUAUGAUGAGAUCUGCUGCAAGACAGGCAUGAGCUACCACGAACUUGAUGAACGGCUGGAAAAUGACCCCAACAUCAUCAUCUGUUGGAAAUGAGGCUGGUGGGGGUUACACGCGGCUGUGGCUGCUCUCUCUCCUUCUAAGUGCUCCCGAGUGCAUGAGGGCUAGACCGGUAGACUCGUCCAUGUUGUCUCAAGGGUGACCCUCACUUCUGUAAAUAAAAUCAUCCAUUUCAACCUAC